UCACCAAGGAUGUGUUUCUAUGUUUAGUUAGACAUACUCGUCAACAAUGCUGGCCGUAGUCAAAGAGCAAAAUGGGAAAACAUCGAGAUAGCGGUUGAUAAAGAAAUGUUCGACUUGAAUGUAUUCUCCAUCUUGUCUUUGAGCAGAUUAGCAGUGAAACACUUUUUAAAAGUAGGCGAAGGUCAAAUCGUCAAUACCUCGAGUUUAGCAGGAAUUGUACCCGCGCCGAUGUCGGCGACCUAUUGCGGCACUAAACAUGCCUUACAUGGUUAUUUCAGGCCAUUCUUCUUGGAACAUCCUGAUAAUAAUAUCAGCAUGACAAUGGUUUGCCCAGGUCCGGUGCAGACCGAAUUUCUAGCCAAGAGUUUCACGGAGAAAUCUGGCGAGAAUUACGGUGUAACAACGGACACAUCUAAAAACAAAGUCAGCGUGGAACGUUGUGCAAUUUUAAUGGGCGUCGCGAUUGCAAAUAAACUGGACGAAGUAUGGAUUGCCAUGGCGUCUCCGUUACGACUCGUAUACAUGAUUUAUUGUUUUCCGAAUUUUGCAAAAUGGUAUGUGUCUACAUAAUUCUAUCACAUGUACAUUAAUACCAGUUUUCUAUCAUGUAGAUUAAUUUUAAUCUCGAUUUAACUUA